AUGACUUCAACUCAAAACCCUCCUCAUUUUGUAUUGUUUCCGUUCAUGUCCAAAGGCCAUACAAUCCCGUUGCUCCACCUAUCCCAGCUUCUCGUCUCCCGCGGCGUUACACUCACCCUUUUCACCACAAAAGCCAACCGACAAUUCAUCGCCGACUUUCUCUACCGACAAGCAGAUUCAAUCUCCAUUGUUGACCUGCCAUUUCCUAACCAAGUUGAAGGAAUACCUCAAGGUAUAGAGAGCACCGACAAGCUCCCUUCUAUGUCCUGCUUCCCGCAAUUUGCCACUGCAACCAAGCUUAUGCAACCAUACUUUGAACAAGCACUCGAGAAAAUUCCCCAUGUGACCUGCAUCGUUUCUGAUGGGUUUCUGAGUUGGACUCUUGAAUCGGCAAAUAAGUUUGGGAUCCCUCGCCUCUCAUAUUUUGGCAUGAGCGGCUACUCCACCGCUGUAACUCAACAAGUGGCUGGAAACCGGUUGUUGUGUGGACCUGAGACCGAUGGCGACUUAAUCACCCCUCAGGACUUCGUAAUGGAAGCUACCAAAGCAAUGAUGAAUAGCUCUGGCCAGAUAAUGAACAGCUUCUACGAGCUAGAGCCACAGUUUUUAGACUACUUGAAUGGCGAGUCUAUGCCCAAAGCUUGGUGUGUCGGUCCCCUCUCCUUGGCUGUGACCGAUUCAUCGCCAAUCGUUGACCGGAAGCCUGAAUCAGAAUGGAUUCAGUGGCUAGAUCAAAAGCUAGCUCAGGGAUGCUCGGUUUUAUACGUAGCAUUCGGUUCUCAAGCAGAGAUAUCAUCGAAACAGUUGGAAGCAAUAUCAAAGGGUUUGGAAGAAUCCCAAGUGAGUUUCUUGUGGGUGGUGAGGAAGUAUGAGACUCAUGUUGUUGACGAGCUACACGAAAGAGUGGGAGAAAGAGGAAUGAUUGUACGAGAAUGGGUGGACCAACUGGAGAUUCUGAAGCACGAAAGCGUAAAAGGUUUUGUAAGCCACUGUGGUUGGAAUUCUGUGUUGGAGAGCAUAUGUUCAGAGGUGCCGAUACUAGCGUGGCCGAUGAUGGCUGAGCAACCUCUGAAUACAAGAAUGGUGGUGGAGGAGAUUAAGAUCGGUCUAAGAGUGGAGACAUGUGAUGGGUCACUGAAAGGGUUUGUAACAUCAGAAGGGUUAAAGAAAAUGGUGAAGGAGCUCAUGGAGGGUGAAAAGGGGAAAGAGAUAAGGAAAAAGGUGAAGGAGAUUGGUGAGGCUGCAAAGGAAGCAAUGGCGGAAGGUGGGUCAUCUUGGCAGACACUGAAUGAGCUCAUAGAUGAGUUACAGACUGUGAGAAACUCCAAAACAGGCGAUUUUCGUAGAUCGGCAGGAGAUACAACCUCUGCUACGGGCUACGGAGAGGCUAGAUUCCUAAAGGGUUCACUUUUAGCAUAA